GCUUGUUGGGCUUCGGUUCUGGAUCUAGACUCAGCCGCCUGCGUUCGCUGUAGGCAUCGCAAGGCUCGUUGAAGAAGAGAGGGGAAACGCGAAGGGAGAAAAGGCGAAUGAGGGGAUAGAAGAGGGGAGCGUUCGAUUUGCAGGGGUUCAUGUGGGACGCGUGGUCGUCUUCUGAACUAGGUUUCUGAUUUAUGCUCCUUUUCUGUUGUUUUUUUCUCUCGAUUUGGAUUUGUGUUUCAAGAGUGCAUCUGGCUGGGAUUUUGUGCUGGAAUUAGAUGAGAAACCUUUCCUUUUGAUUUGGAGACGCCGGUGUGUCGGAUUCUCACGCCUUUCCUUUUUAGGGUUUCUUCUGUCCUAUGUGAAUCUAGGUUAGAUUACGGUGACAGGGGUACCAGCAAACGAAAAAAAUUUGGGAGUUUUAGCUUCUGGAAUAUUUGGUAAAAAACAGUCCUUUUGUUUUCUGGUAAGUUUGGUUUCAGAAGAAUGGGCAAUUUGGUGUGAAUUAGAUAAUUUCUUCGCCUCAAUUUGGUUUUGUGCUAAUUCCCAGCUCAAUCAUUCAUUACGCGAAUCCGUUCUGAUCAGCACUAAACUGGAUAUUGUAUGUAUCUUAUCUCGUCAGCAGCCGAGUCUGGUUUGAUAACUUCUGAUGUUUUACUGAGUUCGGAAAGUAUAAAAUACGACAAUAAAAUUAUUUUUAGCAAAUAUAUUGCUGUGAGCUUGACCUCAUGCAAGGUUUUGAUUGAUGUGAACAGUCUUGUCGGAUUGACCACAUGGCACCCACUGUGCUAAUGGAAUACACCAAAGAGAAGCAGAGGAAGGGAUGUUCACAGGAUCUUUCAUUUGCGUUGAAGGAAAAAUCUCAUAAAUUGUCUCAAGGGUAUGGACGUGCUUCUCUUCUUGACUGUCAACAUGAUGCUGAGAAGAUGCAUGAUUCAGAGGGUGUGGGCAGUUCCAUACGUGCCCAAUCUGAUGAUACCAGUCCUGCGAAGAGGCAGAAGUGUGCUAGUGUAAACAUUGACAGAUGCGAGGGAUUUAAUGUCCCACUUCAACAAAUUUCUUUCACAAAAAUAUCUGGUUCUCAAAGAAAGGAACUCAAAAUUAGAUUUGAAUCAGAAUUAGAUCAGAUCCAAAUGUUACAAAAGAAAUUUUUCUCAAACCUAGCAACUGCUGGCACUAUUACAACUGGUUCAGUCAAUGAGAGUGAGAAAGAAGUUGAUCCAAAGAGUAUUACUCAGCUAAAGCGUGUGGCUUCAGGAAAGUCAGCAUCUUCAAAAAUGCCUUUUCCUCUGCCUCCUGUAGACAUUUCAAGUUUGGCAUUGAUGAAGCAAUGUGAGGGGCUUCUAAAGCGCUUAAUGUCACAGCGGUUCGCCUGGGUCUUCAACAGUCCUGUAGAUGUGAAGAAAUUGAAUAUUCCUGACUAUUAUACUGUUAUUAAGCAUCCAAUGGAUUUGGGAACCAUUAAAACUAAAAUAAGCUCAGGUGGUUACUCCAGCCCAUGGGAUUUUGCUGCAGACGUGAGGCUUACCUUUACCAAUGCAAUGACAUAUAACCCACCCACAAAUGAUGUCCAUUUCAUGGCAGAUACAUUGAGCAAGUACUUUGAACUUCGUUGGAAACCAAUAGAAAAGAAAUUAGCUGCAGCUGGUGCACAUGGUAAGAAAGAAAUUCAAGCUCCAAAAUCUGCAGUGUCAUCCCAAGAGGGAAAAAAUCUCUGCAUGUUGGAAGUUUACUCUCGUGAAAGGAAGAAAUCACAUAAUGAUUACAUUGAUUGUGUGCCCCAAGGGGUGAAAUGCCAAAUGACAAAUGAGGAAAAACAUAGACUAACUAGUGUUUUGGAAUCUCAUUUGGAAGAUCUUCCAAAUCAUAUCAUUGAUUUUCUGAGACAGCAAAGCAAUAUGAAUGAUAGCAGUGGAGAAAUAGAAAUUGAUAUAGAAUCUUUAGGUGAUACUACACUCUUUAAGUUACAGAAGCUUCUGGAUAGUUAUUUACAGGAGAGAGAUGUGAGACAACAGGUGAAAUCUGAGCAGUGCAACAUGGCGGUUUCUGAAAAUGGCAUUAGCACCUCAGUAAUGCAUCAGUACAAAGGCAAUAACCCUGUUGAAGAGGAUAUAGAUAUUGGUGGUGAUGAUCCUCUCAUACCUAAUUACCCCACCUUGGACAUUCGAAAGGACUCAAAGUUUAGAGAAAUCAAGUGUGCCAGCUCAAGCAGUUACACUAGUCAUUCAGGAUCUUCCACUGACUCUGACAGUUCUGCUGGAAGUGAAUCAAAGAAAGUUUCCAAUCCCAAAGAUGGUGCGAAGGAAAAUUCAGUAAAUAAGGCAGGUUCUGAUCAAGAGAAAAGUGAUCUAAUGAAUCCGUUUGAUAUGCAUAGACCUUUGAGUGAGUUGAAUUGCUUGGAGAAUGCUGCAGAUGGGAAACCUUCAUUGAUUGACUCUGAGAGGUGCCAAGAGGGGGAGCAUGCUCCAUCUGAGAAAAACCUAUCCCCAGGAAAGCAAUAUAGAGUCGCUUUGCUGAGGAAUCGCUUUGCCGAUACAAUUCUCAAAGCUAAGGAGAAAACACUUGGUCAGGGUGCCAAAGGUGAUCCUGAAAAACUGCAACAUGCAAGGGAGGAAAUUAAACGACAGCAAAAGGAAGAGCGAGCACGGCUUCAAGCCGAAGCUAAAGCUGCUGAGGAUGCUUGUAGGCGAGCUGAAGCAGAAGCUGUAGCUGAUGCUAAACGUCAAAGGGAGUUAGAGCGAGAAGCUGCGCGCCAAGCCUUGUUAAAGAUUGAAAAGACAGUUGAGAUCAAUGAUUGUCGAAUCCUUAAAGAUCUGGAAAUGCUUGGAACUGUUACAUGUGCAGAAAUGCCCAUAUCAAAUAAUGAGAAGAGCCUUGGCUAUUCUCUUGCUGACAUAGGAGGCUUUAGACUAGGGGGCAGUAACCCUCUAGAGCAACUCGGGCUGUUUAUGAAGAUGGAUGAUGAAGAAGAGGAAGAAUCUGAAAAUGUGCCUAUGAACGAAGCCGAGGAAGGAGAGAUUGAAUGACCCUAUCGACACUGUAUAACUUAGAUUUUUCUCUUGCAUCGUAUCAGCUGCAAGGAUUCUGACUCCCGCUAAAGGUUAUGCACUCAAAGAAUCAAUAUGAUUAGUCGUACCAUCAGUUUCUUUGAGGAUGACUAACCUCCACCUGGGAGGAUAAGUGAUCAAUGGAAAUACAGUCGUGGAGCAUUUGCUAUAGAUAGCUUUCAGCUUUGCAUAAGUUGAGAUUUUUUUACCAAGGAGAGGACAAUGUGUCUUUGUGUACUGGUUGCCUCAUGAUCUAAACCAUCUAUUUAGGAGUUGUACAUAGAAUGGAGCACUGAUUUGGUCUUUACAUCAUAUUCUGCACUAGUUCACAUAA